CGGUUCGAUCCUAGGGUUUAAAUCUCGACAACGCCACUGGUCUUCCAGAGAAGAGAGAGAGAGAGCGGCCAUGGCGGACAGCAACAAGGCUAGCGUCCACGGAAGCAAAGGGAAGAAGAGGAAGUACCUUCCCCAUGGGAAAUCCGUCAGGAAGGGAUUAUAUCCGCUGCGUCCAGGUGUGCAAGGUUUUUUCCUUACUUGCGACGGAGGGAGGGAGCGCCAGGCGGCAAAUGAAGCCCUUAAUCUCCUGGAGACUUUUUAUGAAGAGUUAGUGCAUGGGAAAGAGUCGAAUGCGAAAUCUAGUGCUGUUCCUAGCAAACCACUAAAUACAAAAAUUAAAUUUAGUGAUUCUGAUUCUUCUAGUGAUGAAGAAGAUGAUGCUCAUGCGGAAGAACCAACUGCUUGCCCACAAGACCAGGAAGACCUGCAAACGAGGAAGGACAAAGAAGAUGCCCCCGCUGUCCCCCAUGACGGUGAAGAAUUGGAAAUCCCAGAACUUGCCAAUGAAAGGGAGGAGAUACCAUCUAAGAAGCAACGAGUAGAUGCAGAUGCACGAAAACAAGAGGAUAAACCUAUUGAUGAGUUGAUUGAAGAGGAGCUCAAGGAGCUAGGAGAUAGGAAGAAGAGGCACUUUGUGAGCCUUGACUCUGGUUGUAAUGGUGUCAUCUUUAUUCAAAUGCACAAACGAGCUGGAGAGCCUGGUCCUAGUAAAAUUGUGCAAUACAUGAUGACUAGAAUUGCUUCGACAAGGAAGCAUAUGUCAAGGUUUAUAUUGAGAUUUUUACCAGUUGAGUUGGCAUGUUAUGCAUCAGAAUCGGAGAUUUCAAAAGCAAUCAAACCAUUAGUUGCAGAAUACUUUCCGAGUGAAGCUCCUACUCCACAAAAGUUUGCAGUACUAUACGAUGCUCGAGCUAAUACCAGUGUUGAGAGGAUGACGAUCAUAAAUGCAGUGGCAAAAUCUGUUCCCCAGCCUCAUAAAGUGGACCUCAAAAACCCAGAUAAGUCCAUCAUAGUACAGAUUGCUAAGACGAUUUGCUUGAUUGGAGUGGUUGAAAGAUACAAGGAGCUUUCCAAGUUCAACCUGAGGGAAUUAACGUCGCCAAAGCAGUAAGGGUAGUACGACUUCCAUGAAAACCGAUACAUCCACGAGAACAUGCAUUAUUAUUAUCAAGAAAUAACCUGGUCCGAUAAUUGUGUGAUAGAACAGAGACCUGUCCAUUUAUUCAGUAAGUUAUAAAGAACAUUCAAUGUAUCAUUAAAAUGGAAGUCUCGUUCGUUAAAUCAAUGCGUGUCAUUGUGGGAUCAUUAGAAAUAUUCUUCCGUGUAUUUUUGGACUAAAGAGACAUUUUUCAAUCUCAUUUAUUACUUAGUUUA